CAAGACCGGUGCUUGUGACGUCACGCAGUGUGCGCACGCAUUCCUAGGGUCCUUGCAGAGAUGGGUGAGGGGGAGCUGAGCGCUGAGGGGCGAGGAGAGAGCAGCGCAGCCCGGGGCCUUCGGGGCCGGACCCACUCAUAUUAAGCUCACUAGUACGGGGAGCGGGGGGAGGGGGUUGGGGUCUGUGAGGCUUUGCGGGGGGUUGAUAGAAGACAUAUCCAAUCAGUCACUGUAGCCGGUAGCGCGGGGGUGCUUGCCUUUGCGUAGUUGGUUUAGCGGCAGUGCGGCUGUUUGCAUGUGUUUGUACAUAGUACAUUGAUGCCGUGGGGCAGUGUUACAAUCUGUACGUGUAGGCUGGGGCAGUUGUCGCGGGUUGGCUAGGGGCCGUGACAGUUUUAGGGACCCAGUCAUCACUUCGGGAGGGGUGAGUAUCCGACACAUGGGGGGAUCUGUGGGCAGAUUUCCAGACUGGCUUGCGUUACACCCAGCCUGGCGUUCUUCUGUGCCACUGAGGGUGUUUGGGCAGGUAACGCUUGUGGUGGAUGUCAGACAGCUGCUAAUCCCCCACUUAAGCACUGAGCCAGUGUAAGGCCCUUUAGCCGGCUCACCGGGAUUGUACGAGUCCUGAGCCAGCUGCUGUGUUUCAUGACAUAUAAGUCGUACCUUGGUUAGAGGGAUUUUGCUUCCACAGUGUAGGGAGGGGGGGCUGGAUUUGGUGACAGGUUGUGCUUAGCGGGGUUGCAGUUGUACGGGCUUGGCAGCAGCAGCACAUGGUAGAAUUGGCUGGGGCGGUAAAGCCAUGCUAUAAACAGUGCUGUUUAGCGGAGGUGUUUCGGCUGGCUGCGUAGGCUUUCACGCUGGGUGCCGGGGCCCUGGGCUUGGUGUGUGAAGGUAGCACAGUCCGAAGCUCCCCGCUUCAGCACCAUUGGCUCCGGACAGCGCCCCAUGGAGCUUCCUAUCAGCUUCCUGUCAGACAGCAGCCGCCCUGCAGCCUCCUCGGAGCGGGGAGAUCAGGCAGCUUUGGGGCGGGGGGAGCUAGAGUUUGAUGAGGAGCUGGUGUUUCUGGCAGCUGAAGGAGAGGGGGACCCUGAAGAAAUUGAGGGCCCGGAGGUGAGGGAACAGUCGGAACUUCUGUGCAUCAUAAGGCAGAAGGAGAAGGAUCUGGUGCUGGCAGCCAGGCUGGGAAAGGCGCUGCUAGAGAGAAAUCAGGACAUGAGCAGGCGCUAUGAGGAGAUGCAGAGAGAGAUGACCGACAAGCUGGAGCAUCUGGAACAAGAGAAACAUGAAUUAAAGCGCAAACUGGAGAAUCGUGAGGGAGAGUGGGAAGGAAGGGUGUCAGAACUGGAGAGUGAUGUGAAGCUGCUACAGGAGGAGCUGGAGAAGCAGCAGGUGAAUUUAAGAGAAGCAGACCGGGAGAAAUUAUCUGUUGUCCAGGAACUGUCAGAACAAAACCAAAGACUCUUGGAACAGCUUAGCAGGGCUACAGAGAUGGAGAGGCAACUUUCUCAGCAGGUGAAUGUACUUCAGGAGGAAUUCCGGGAAAAAAGCCUUUCUACAAGCCAGCAUGUUUCACGGUUGGAAAGUCUUUUAGCUGAGCAGAUCCUAGAAAUAAAAAUGCUUUCAGAUCGUAAACGAGAACUGGAGCAACAACUGAGCACUAUCAUGGAAGAAAAUGAGCAACUUCAGGGACUUGUGGAGGAACUGCAGGACAAAGAGUUAAGCCUAAAUCAGCAGAAUUUUGGGAAGGACUUACAGUUAAGAGAAAGUCAGUUGGAGAUAGAAGAAAUGCGCCUUUCUUAUCGGCAGCUGGAGGGGAAGCUGGAGGAGCUCAGAGAAGAGAAAAGCCUUCAGCAUAUGAACAGCACAAGCACCUCACUUCUGUCAGAGAUUGAGCAAAGCAUAGAAGCAGAAGAACAGGAACAGGAAAGGGAGCAGCUGAGAUUGCAGCUCUGGGAAGCACAUUGCCAGGUCCGAUCCCUCUGCUGCCAGCUCAGAGGGAAUGAGAGUGCAGAUUCAGCCGUCUCAACUGACUCUUCCAUGGACGAAUCCUCUGAAACCUCAUCUGCCAAAGAUGUACCAGCUGGCAGCCUACGCACUGCCCUGAGUGAACUGAAGAGCCUCAUAUUGAGCAUCCUUGAAACCUGCGACUCUGCGAGCUCAAGAAAAUGUGAAGAUGAUGGUUUGGAGGAACAGAUCAAACAAACUAGUGAGGACUCCAGGGCUCUGCGGGAGCUUUUACAGGGAGAACAAAUGAGAAUGAAGCAAACAUUUGAUGAGCUCCAAGAGCUUCAUAAACAGGUAACUUUGCUCAGUGUUGAAAUGAAUGCACUCAAAGAAGAACGAGACCGUCUCCUAGUACUGACCCAAAAUGAUGAAACCCAAGAGCAGUUAAUGAAAGCUAUUAAGGACCGCGACGAAGCUAUAUCCAAGAAGACUGCAGUGGAACUGGAGCUGGCGAAAUGUAGAAUUGAUCUGAUGUCCUUGAACACUCAGCUAUUAGAUGCCAUUCAGCAAAAAUUGAAUUUGUCACAGCAGCUGGAGGCAUGGCAGGAUGACAUGCACAGAGUCAUUGACCAGCAAUUGAUGGACAAACAUCAGAAGGAAUGGAGCCAACCUGCAUAUUCCUUCUCCAACAGCCACCAUGUAAAACAAUGCAGCAAGGCUGCCGCUAUGAAACAUGCAGAACGGCCAGGAGAAGAGUCCAUUGGGGCAGAAGGGAGGCGCCUCUUCUCAUUUCUAAAGAAAACUAAGUGUUAAAGCCUUUUGUCUGAAUUAGGAGAAAAGCAGAUCUUGAUUGGUCCACAUGCUGUUCUCACAGCAAUGAAAAUGAAUAGCUAAGAGCUGGUUUGAGCUGCUUUUAUACUCCUGGAGAAAAAGGAUGUUGGUGUUCUAAGCCUUUGCCUGGAAGUGCAAUAACAUUAGUCAUGUGGGAUAAUGAUACUUGUAAUAAAUGAUAUUUGACGGCUGCAAGCUGUACUUUAAAGCAGCGGAGCUAAAAUAUGGGGAAGGGGGGCAUACAGCAGAAAAGUGCUGCUAAGAACGGCAAUGUUGUUUCGCUAGGGGCAUCUGAUUGAGCUGAAAGCUAGAUGCACACAUUGACAGCAACUAAUAGAAUAUGAUGUGGUUUCACACACCCCUCAAGUGUUAGUAUUUUGUUCCAAUUAAAUGUAUUUUCUACUUGUGAGAUCAAAAUGCUUUUGUUAAGAGGAUUUUCUCCUUCGUGAAUAUUUUGCACUUUGCGCUACCUGUUUCUAGUCACUCCCAAGCUUCCUUUGUUACACUAGCAGCAGAAAUUCCAGGUUUCUUAAUUAUGUCCCAAGCUGCUUGGGUUGCAGGGAACAGAGUCCUACCUCUGGUCUUCCAGACAGAGCACAGCGGAACCAUAGAAACCUGUUCCUUCCAGUCCAUGUACUGACAAAUGCUCUGUGUACAUAGACAUUUUCUAAUGAAUACAGAUGUUUUCUAAUAUAUAUAUACAGAAAAAAUGUCCUAUUUUAGUACAAAUUAUGCUUUCUAUUGUAAAGCCACUGAAAUAAAAUAUUUCUAUGAA